AUGAAACAGAAACUGUUUACCUACGAGCACAAAGACACUCAUGACACUUCAAAGGAGACCGUUGAUAAUGAGAACAACACUGCAAAGCCUUCUAAACAUCAGGAGAAAGCUUUCGAAAAGACCUUCAAGAGCAAGGAAAUCUCUGAGCGGCGGCACUCCCUGUCGGUCUCAACCACAAACCACGCAGUGUCCUCAAACAUGCCACAACAAACACUGAACAAUAUGUACACCAAAUUAAAGUCCCACCUUCAUAAGCAUUCUCAUGUAGAUUCCGAAGCUAUAACACCUGAACCUAUUACCAUUAAGAUGGUGGACAAGCUUCUUGAUGACAUCUGCACUCACCUUGACGAGCACGAGAUGACAUUCUCUCAAUGUCAUGCGUUGCUAGGAGGGAGGGACAGGAACUAUCCCCUAGUCUCACACAUUAUAAACUUGCAGAAAUCAAAGAGACAACUAGAACAAGAUGUGAAGGAAAAGGAUGUACAGAAGAAUAAAUAUGCUGAUCAUAUCAGUAAACUGGAGAACAGAUGUAGGAACCAGGCAACAGAAAUCAAUCACUUGAACGAAGAGAUUAAGAAGUUUAAAGAAGAAAUUGAAAAGUUACAAGCUAUUAAUUCUGAAAGAGAAGAAAAACAAAAGAUCAUAGAUGAGCUAAGAAAAAUGGUGAUGGAUGCAGAUACCACCAAGAAAAGUAAACUAAGAAGUUCUUAUUUAGCCUUACAUUAUGACACUAAUAGCACAGAAAUUAAACAGUUAAGAGCAGAGGUAAGAAGCUUGAAGCUUGACAAUGAAAACUUAAAGACAGAAAAUCUAAUGCUGAAAAAGUCUGAAAAUCUAAAGAAACUUGCAAAAAUGAGGGAAGACCAGGUAAAUCCUAAAAUUGAAACAGUUAAUGGACCACAAUCUAUGUUUGAAGAACCAAAGGGAGGUAAUCUUAAAGUAAAACAAAGACAUGUUUAUGGAGGAGUUACCUCCCAGAGUUCACAAAUGAGGAGUUCAUUUGGUAGACGACUUGAGUCAGAUAGGGGCAUGUUUGCCGCUCAGCCACAUCCAGAAAGACCUGGAACAAGAGGUUCUGUUGAUAAUAUACAUAAUAUAGACCAAGAUGAGAAAAGUAAAGCUUCCAGAUCAAGAGAAAGAGAGAGGGAUUACCAAGAUUUAGAUUUCAAGUUUUCUAAUAGUCAAAAUGGAGCUGUUGGUCAGAAAAGAAGUCCAAAUCUGGAUGUAAAGUAA